AUGGUUAAGGGCGGAGGCCGCCGCGGCCGCGGUCAGGGCAAGCAUGGGAAACAAAGUUCCAUAUCUAAAGAUAAAGAGUCGGUAUUUGUGGACGAGACGAAUUUAGCGUCUGGGCUUGAGCAGGGUGCGGUGGAGACCGAGGAUAGUGCGGACGCCAUAUUUUCCCCACAUGCAGUCGGUGCCCCGCAAGACAAUAAGCCUUUACAACUCAAUGCGCCAGACCAAAUUGCUGAGCAAAACGCGCUUUUGAAGCUGCAGGUAGAGAAAUUACAAGGUGACCUUAAAGAUGCACAGCGCGCAUUUGCAGAGAGCCACAACGCAUUCGCAGAGCAGAUGACCACAUUACAAGAAGCCUUUGAGAAGGAAAAGGCAGAGGCCGUGCGCACUGUAGAGACAUCGUUAUUGGAGGCGAAUGCGACAAAGUCCACUGCGGAGCGCACAGCGAAAAAUGCCGAAGAACGCGCAUUAGCCGCAGAAAAUGCGCUCUCUGAGACACUGUCCAAAUCGCACCCAGCCCCCGAAGCACUUGCAGACAUUGCAAAAAAGCUUGGAUACAGUAAUGAUACUAACUAUACAUUGGCUGAAAGUUAUACCGCACUCUACGACGAAAAAAUUGAGGCUAAUGCAAUUUUCGAGGAAGUCCAACCGGAACUCGAGGAUGUGCAUGCACAGCUCAAAGCAACGGACCACGCAGCGGCCAGCACACUCGCCGCUGCGCUGGCACAGCUGCAACGCCUUUUACGUGUACUUGCGCGUACCCCGUCCUACCAAGAGUCGACACCGCAGACCAUGCCUACCGCGACCGGCAGUUCAAAACCGAGCGCGGGAGACACUCCCAUCUCUGCGUGGGAGUACUGGAUUGAGAAGUGGGAGAUCCCGCGCAAGAUCUUGCACGGGAGCAUCGGGUUCGGUGUUCUUUGGCUGUACGUGAACAACUAUGAUACGGCUCUGGUCACGCGCAACCUGUUCUGCUUUCUUCUUUUUGUCGCUGCAAACGACUUGCUGCGUCUCAAUUUGCCCUUCUAUGAGAGGAUAUAUGAGGGAGUUCUCGGUGUAUUAAUGCGUGAGGGGGAGCGGGAGCGUGUGACUGGCGUUCUUUGGUACCUUGUGGGUGUCAUUUGCAGCAUGCACUUUUUCCCCGAGGACAUUGCAGCCGUCUCUAUCAUGAUCUUAUCGUGGUGCGAUCCCUGUGCGUCGAUGUUUGGCCGCCUCUUUGGCAAAUACACGCCGGCGCUGCCUUCCAUCUUCUUUGCGCGCCGAAAGUCUCUUGCGGGCUUCCUCGCUGCAGUGGUGGUCGGUAUGCUUGUCGCAUUCGUCUUUUGGGGGACGGGUCUGGCAGACAUGCGCGAGCGCAACAUGCAACUUUCGUGGAGCCCGCAUGGCGUAGCGACGUUUGGAUCUGAUCGUGCGCCUGGCCUCGCGCAUACUGGAUGGAUGGGGCUGCGUUUUGGAUUUCAAUCACAUGGGGAUCAGUCGUUCAUUGCCAAGCUUUCAGCGCUUGGCCAAAGCCCAGGGCCGGCUAUGCCGCCGUGGCUCAUGUACAUUGCUUGCGGCCUCAUUGCCGGCAUCUCGGAGGCGCUCGAGUUGGGAGGCAUAGAUGACAACCUGACCAUCCCGAUUCUCAGCGCCCUUGGUAUUUGGGGUGGACUGUACGCAUGGGGCAGGUGUUUUGCGUAA